AUGGCCAGACUGAACUACACAAACCGCAAGAUCGAUGGCGUCAAGCUCGGCGCUGUGGUCGCCCGAGAUCUGCGCAAACGAGCAACCACCUUCUCGAAGAGAUCCGACGCAUUACGAGACUCCGCCGUCCACGAAGUCGACCUCAACCUCGCAGGCAAAAACCUUACCGAUGACGGUCUGCGGGAGCUCGUACACGGGCUCGAAGACGCUCUGCAAUGUUUCCUGGACGGCAAUCCCUGCACCAAGCUUGAAGAGCUGAACCUCGCCAACAAUGCGCUCACAGCACGGUCGUUGGCUUUGCUUGCCCCGGUCGUUCGGUUAGCGAAGUACGAUCUCAAAGACCUCGACCUUUCGGACAACAAGAUUGAAGUGAAGACACAGGAGGAGGCGCAGGACUGGGAGCUGUUUCUGGACUCGUUUUCCGGCUGCCACGACUUUCGAAGACUUGAUCUAACGGGGAAUGGUCUGUCCGGUCCUCUACCGUUUGAAAUCCUCGCCCGAGUCUACUCAUCGCAUGCUCCGAUCGAUCCGACGGACCUCCAAGGCGAGCGCUUGGCUGCUGAGGCUGCUCGGCACGUCAAUGGGGACACCGACGGCUUCGCGCGCGGCAUGGAGAACUUGACCAUGAACGGACAUGCUGCAGCACCUCUACACGACAGUCUCCUCACGCCAACCCAGUUCUCCAUGUCCGCAGCUACGAUCCUCAAGCGGCGCUGUGGUCUUCGGUCUGUGCCAUACAUCAUCCUAUCCGACACCGCGUUGUCAGACUCGGGCGCGCUGUGGCUAUCCUACAUCCUGGCGAGGCACUACUUUCCUCAGCAGCUCAUGUCGCCAUUGAAGCCGGGUCCCGUAGCAACUCAGCUCGAAGAGUACCGGCAUAGGAACAAUUGCUGGGGGCUGGUGUAUGUUCCGAAUGAGAGCUUAGGUAGCUCAGGGGACAAGGUUAUGACGCAUGCAGAGGCUGUCCGGCAGGAGCUUCUCGGAAUCAGCGAGGAUCCCAUGGCCGCAUCUGUGGGCUCUAUGGUGCACGUCCAGGCCAUGCAAGCCACAAGGCGGCAAGUCUUCCUACGCAAACACAUGGGGCUGUGCUGA